AUGGUCUGCCUUAAGACUCUGUCCGUGUUCCUUGCGGCAUUCGCUGCCGCUGAUGCCCGCGCAGUCUUCAAGACUCAGGGCCACAAGAACAGCGAAAUGAUUCCAGACAACUACAUUGUUGUCAUGAAGGAUGGUGUCUCCCAAGAUGACUUCAAGGCCCACAUCUCCUCCGUCGCCAGCAUCCACAGCACCAACAAGGCCAAGCGAGGCACCAACACUCAGGGCAUGAAGCGCGAAUUCGACAUCAUGAACUGGAGAGGUUACCACGGCCACUUCGACCGCGACACCCUCGAGGAGAUCCUCAAUGACUCCAAGGUCGAUUACGUUGAGCAGGACCAGGUCGUGAGAAUCUCUGGCCUUGUCACUCAGCGCAGUGCUCCCAGCUGGGGUCUCGGACGUGUCUCUCACCGACAGGCUGGUAGCCGUGACUACGUCUUCGACGACUCCGCCGGCCGUGGUGUCACCAUCUACGGUGUUGAUACCGGUAUUGAUAUUAACCACCAGGACUUCCGUGGACGUGCUCGUUGGGGUACUAACACCGCUGACCGUGAUAACGCUGAUCGUCACGGCCACGGCACCCACACUGCAUCUACCUUCGCUGGUACUGCUUAUGGUAUUGCUAAGAACGCCAACAUUGUUGCCGUUAAGGUCCUUGGCUCUGAUGGCUCUGGUAGCACCAGUGGAAUCAUUGCUGGUAUCAACUACUGUGUCCAGGAUGCUCAACAGCGUGGUAUCCUCGGAAAGGCUGCUAUGAACUUGUCUCUCGGUGGUGGCUUCAGUCAGGCCAACAACGAUGCUGUUACUCGUGCCCAGAACGCCGGUAUCUUCGUUGCCGUCGCUGCUGGUAAUGACAACAGAGACGCCCGUAACUACUCCCCUGCCUCUGCUCCAGCUGUCUGCACCGUCGCCUCUUCUACCAUCAACGACAGCAAAUCCUCCUUCUCCAACUGGGGCCCAGUUGUUGACAUCUAUGCUCCUGGCUCCGACAUCAUUGCUGCUCGCCCAGGUGGUGGCAGCACUACCAUGUCCGGUACCUCCAUGGCCUCUCCCCACGUCGCUGGUAUGGGUGCCUACAUGAUUGGAAUGGGCGCCGACCCCCGCCAGGUCUGCGACCGCCUCAAGCAGCUCGCCACCGCUGCCAUCCGCAACCCUGGUUCCAGCACCACCAACCGCCUCCUCUACAACGGAAGCGGCCAGUAA